ACUUUCCAUUACUCUCCCCCUAUAAAAGAGGCUCCUCCAAAGAGGAAUCCUUAAUUCUUCAAUCAGUUUUGAUUAGUUGCUACACAGAGUUUUCCAUUCGUUUUAAUUUCUCUAAUUUCAAGAGCAAAUCAGAGUCUUGUGAAGAGUAGAAGAUGAGUUCAACAAGCAGAGCUAUUGUAGCAGCCAGCGUAGGAGUUGUGGAGGCCAUGAAAGACCAGAUGGGUGUAUGCAGGUGGAAUUAUAUUAUAAGAUCUGCUCAGCAAAGUACAAAGAACCAUCUCCGCUCCUUAUCUCAGGCAAAGAACCUCUCCUCUUCAACUUCUGCAAUGGUUUCAAGCAAAGUAAGAGAUCAGGAGAAAAUGAAGAAAUCGGAAGAGUCUUUGAGGACAGUCAUGUACUUGAGCUGUUGGGGUCCCAAUUGAGGCUUUGAUGAGUUCUUGGAGAACCUCAUUGCGGGAAGGAAAUCGGCCUAAAGCAUACAAAUGGUAUACUUUGUACAUGGCACGACCGUGAGAAUGUCGAGCCGUGUUGGUCAUGACUCAUGUCUCAUGGGGGGAAAUUGUUGACUGAGAAUGGAGUAUUUAGUUGAUGCGAGAUUAUAUUUGUUAAUGUAAAAGCGGCUGUACAUUGGCAUAUUCUUAUGACAGAAUUUAACUCAA